ACUACACUGUCUUCCUCUGCCCCAUUCCUCUGGUGUUCUGAUCACUCGCCUCCUCUUCUCUGCACAGGACACGUAGCACAGGGUGACCAUGUCUGAAGGACCGGUAAGACCGAAAAAGUCCAGAUCCAGGUCUAAACCUAAGUCCAAUUACUCAGCGACCCGCAGGCUGAUGCUGAAGACCAAACUUCUGAGGAAGGCAGAGAGCUUGCUGGACAAGGAGAAAGAGCAGAAGAGAAUAGAGCGAGAUAAUGCUCUGAACGAGAGAGCGCCUCCUUUAAAGCUCUCCGGUCUCUCAGUACAGGAGUUGCAGGAACUUUGUAAAGAUUUGCACCAUAAGAUUGACAUUGUGGAUGAGGUGCGAUACGACCUUUCCAUAAAGGUGGCCAGAAAUGAUAUGGAGAUUCAGUCACUGCACCAGAAAAUCUUCGAGCUGAAGGGAAAAACGAAGAGACCCAAACUAAAGCGAGUGAAGAAGUCGGCGGAUGACGUGUUGGGAGCAAUGACUGACAACAAACUCAUGAAGACUGACUUCAAAGCCAACCUCAAGACUGUGAAAAAGGAGGAAGAAAAGAAAGAGGAGGUGACAGAUUGGAGGAAGAAUGUGGAAGCCAUGUCUGGGAUGGAGGGCAGAAAGAAGAUAUUUGACGCUGGCCAGUGAACCAGAGACAAAGCAAUUUAUAGGCUUUUAAAAAAAGAACAAGAUGGUUUUGCAGAAAGGAUAGGUUUGACUGGUCAGUUAUUUCUGCAGCAAGGACUGUUUAAGGACAACAAGAGGCUACCUGGAUAUGAAGGCAUAUUACUGUUUGGGUUUUAAUGCUUGUUUGGUUUUGUCGUGUGAUUGUUUGAACUUUCCAGAAACGUUAACAGAUCAGCCAUUCAUAUUUUCUAUCACAACACUGACUCGCUUAGAAUAUUGACUCCCGACUUGCUGCUGAAAUAUGUGCGUGUACCGUCAGGAGAGAAGGAUUAGUCAGCCGAACAAUCUAAUAUCCCUAUCAUGCCAACUGUGUAAAUAUUUAAAUCAUAUUCUGUGUGAUUAAGAUGAAUAUAUUUACUCUGUAUCCUGACACAAAACGUGCCGAUUUUAUCAUCUGCCUGCGUCUUGAAAACAGGAUACCUGAAUUAAAGGUGACACUAAGUGCA